AUGGCUUCCUCUCUUGCAUCCAAGCCAUUCCUCGGAGGAGCUUCAAGGACCGAUGGCUUUUCUGGGUUGUGCUCCUCCUCCUCUGAUCUCCGAACCCUCGCGUCCUCCUCCGUUCAAUUUGUGAUCCGCCCGAGAGCCCCCAACAAACUCCAGGUGCAGGCAGCUGGGAACACUACCGGAAAUCAUUUUCGUGUUACAACUUUUGGAGAAUCUCAUGGUGGUGGUGUUGGUUGUGUAAUUGAUGGAUGCCCUCCUCGUAUGCCCCUCUCUGCAGAAGAUUUGCAAGGGGACCUUGACAGAAGGAGGCCAGGUCAGAGUCGAAUUACUACUCCUAGGAAGGAAACUGACACAUGCCGAAUACUUUCGGGAGUUCAUGAAGGAGUGACAACUGGGACACCAAUUCUUGUGCUUGUACCCAAUACUGAUCAGAGAGGACGUGAUUAUGAUGAAAUGUCAGUAGCAUAUAGGCCUUCACAUGCAGAUCGAACUUAUGACCAGAAGUAUGGAAUCAGAUCAGUGCAGGGCGGUGGUAGAUCUUCUGCUAGAGAAACAAUUGGAAGAGUUGCUGCUGGAGCCCUUGCCAAGAAAAUCCUUAAGGCUUUCUCAGGAACUGAGGUCUUUGCUUAUGUUUCACAAGUUCAGAAGGUUGUGCUUCCCGAGGAGUUGGUUGAUCAUCACAAUUUGACACUUGAUCAGAUAGAGAGUAAUAUCGUUAGGUGCCCAGAUCCUGAAUAUGCAGAGAAGAUGAUUGCUGCCAUUGAUGCUGUUAGGGUGAAAGGGCAAUCUAUUGGUGGUGUUGUCACAUGCAUUGUUAAAAAUUGCCCACCUGGGCUUGGUUCACCAGUCUUUGAUAAACUUGAAGCUGAAUUUGCUAAAGCUGUAAUGUCAUUACCUGCAACAAAGGGAUUUGAAAUUGGAAGUGGAUUUGCAGGUACCUUUUUAACUGGGAGUGAACAUAAUGAUGAAUUCUAUUUAGAUGAUCAAGGAAAAAUCAGGACAAGAACAAACCGCUCUGGUGGGACACAGGGAGGACUAUCCAAUGGGGAAAUUAUAAACAUGAGAAUAGCCUUCAAGCCAACAGCUACUAUUGGAAAGAAGCAGAAUACAGUGACUAGAGAUAAAAAAGAGAUGGAACUAAUAGCCCGUGGUCGCCAUGAUCCCUGUGUUGUUCCACGAGCUGUGCCGAUGGUGGAAGCUGCAAUAGCGCUUGUGCUGGUGGACCAACUAAUGGCAGAUUUUGCACAGUGUCACAUGUUUCCUAUCAAUCCCGACCUACAAGACCCUGUGCCACAGCCAAUGGUUGACCUACAAGACCCUGUGCCGCCGCCAAUGGUUGAAGCAGCGGAGGCAGCUGGUGUGCACAUUUGAAAGUUCACAAAGUUUCUGUAGCAUUAUAUAUGUCUUGUAUCGGACAGUGAAAAUUCAUCGUCAUGAAACGCAUGUUUGGUGUGGGACGGCAAAGCUAGAACUAGUGAGACGCUGUCAGACUGGAAUAUAUGUGAAGUGUGUCGACCAUUUUUUUCAAAACUAAGUUUUCUCAAUCAUUCAAUCUGUAGAAGUAAUUCAGAGCCAAUAAAAUUAUUCUCUACUCUCA